AUGCAGAGCCUCCGGCCUGAGCAGAUGCGGGGCCUGCUGGAGCCCGAGAGGGUGAAAACGCUGCUGCCUUGGGAGAGCCGGGCCUGGGAGAAGCCAGCACACCUCACCCCCACCAAGGACUGGGAGGCCGUGGAGGUUGGGGCCUCCGGCUGUGAUGGCGAGGAGAAAGAUCUGUCUUCUCAAGAGUCUGGGCUUUCGCAGGAGUGGAGCUCAGUGGAGGACGAAGACGAGUCGGAGGACUCCCAGGGCUUGGUGGAGUGGUCCAAAGCCCCACAGCAAACGACCAUAGUGUUGAUAGUGUGCGUGCUGUUUUUGUUCCUGGUUUUAACGGGGAUGCCUAUGAUGUUUCACAUUUAA